CCUGUCACUUCCAUCUCCCACUGACCCACUUGCUGAGGUUUCCUGCCGUGCCGUCCGCCAUUCCUCAAACCAAGAAAAACCAAAAGAAGAGAACCAAAAAAGCCAAGGGGACAGAGCCAAAAGCGCCACUGACGGUGGACCGAAAGAUUUCCGCAUCAUUAAUUGAUGGUCCAUGUUCUCUGGCGUCGCACUCGUGUCCUCACGGAGAAUCUGAAGAGGGUCUGCGCGCGCGUCUGUAACUGAGCGGCUUCGUUUCAUCUUCUUGUUCAGAGAGCCUGCCUUGUGAGAUAAAUUAAUCUGCUUGAGACCGCCCUUCAUUUCUUCCCGGCCCUUGUUGAUGUUUUCGUCUUGUUCUUUUUAAUGUGCGAAUGGUUAUUUUAUUAGCUUGAUCCUCGUAUGGACAGCCCGUCGCCUCUACUUAAGGAUCGCAGAUCGAUUCUUGCCUGGCACUGACUGGACAGUAUCUUGAUUCUAAUGGCAUCUAAAUUUGGAACGUGGGUGGCGAUCGUAAUAAAUAUAGCGGUGCUGAUGUACCGAAAAUCUGAGCCUCACACCUAUGUCUGGGAGAAUCUCCCCUUUUAGCAAAUGCAUGAUAAAAAUGGGCUCCACCCAUUUUAGAUUUUUUUUUCUCUCUUUUCCAGUCCAGUCCCUUUAGUCUAAUUUAGUCAAUGGGUUGGUUAUCUUUAAGACGAACCGAUUGGCAAGCAGAUACUCUUUUUGGAGAUCGGUGUUGAUUAAAGAUCUUCUGUGUUGAUUACCGGGUAAGCGUUCGGUCGUGGUUUAAUUGCUUCUUUCUAUUCUGCUUGGGGUUGGAAUCUGGUUUUCAGAAUCGCAGGGAAUAUUGUUCUUUUUCAAUGGCUUAAGUGAAAGAUAAAUUUUUAUGGGUUUAUGGGGCUGGAGUUUCUUCUUUUCUUCAGAUAAAAAGAAAUUUUUUGUAUGAUGAUACCAAUGGAACCAGCGAAUAUGAUCUUGGUGUAAUUAUUCAUCAUAAACUUAAGUAGAUGUGUUACGCGGAGUGAAAUGAUUUGCUUGAUGGCCUCUGGUUGACAGCUUUGUAGGUUCUGUUAGAAACUUGGUAUCUGAAGGUAAUGCCUUUUCCUUUCUGAUAGUAUGCGAGAUUUUAGAUGAACAUUUUUUCCUGCAUCUUAUUAUGUCUCAGCAUGUUUAACAUGUUAGAAUGAAGCACAAAUGAGUUUCGAGGUCAAGACCAUCACUUUUAUCUUUCUGAUGACAUUAUGGUUUACCAUCCGUUUCAUUGGUCAUUUUCAUGUUAAAACUCAAUUCUGCAUAUGAUUUGUUCACAUGUCAUCAAUGAAUGGAUUAUCGUGAUUAUAAUAUCUCUUACCUUUUAAAGGAGGAAUGAAGACUACCAUUUAAUCGGUUGCUUCUAUCCUUCCAUCAAUGUGCCAAACCUUAGAGAUUGGAUGGAGAAAGCUUUUGUGUUGUAGAAAUAACGGUUAAAUGAUUGUUCUGUUAUACCUCUUUCUCAUUGUGCCACCUCCGUUGAUCUCAUUGUUCAUAUUCUGCAGCUAUUGUGUAAUUAAAUAAAUUAAUUACCUCACUCAAAUCCUUGCUCAUAGUGAUGUUGCUUGUAUCUCCCUUACAAAAGUUUCUUCUUGUGGAAUCCAGCAUGUAUACGGAUGAAAUAGACUUCCUCCAGUCACAGAAUUUGUGUUCUUCUGCUGGAUAUCUUAAUGCCUCUUGACAUUGAUCAAGAAAAGAUGCAUGGUGUUCUUCAAAAGUCCCAUAGCCGUGUUCAGCCUGUCUCUGACAGAGGGAAUGCUUCCUUGCUGAUGAAAUCUUCAUAUUGGAAUAAUUUCAGAAAUUCAGAGGAUCAGGCACGAUCUGUCCUUUGCGGGAUCUCCAAUCAUAGGUGUACUAUGUUGACCUUCCUUACCCUUGAAUCUGAUGGAACUUGGAGAAUUGUCACUAUACCUCUUCAAUAUCCUGAACAGAGAGGCCUCCUGCUUUAUGGUGCUCACACAAACAUGGAUAGACUGCACCCAAUAUUUAGCCAAGCUGUCAUUGCUGCUGACAAUAAUCGACGAAAAGCACAUAAAGGGCCUCCAGGUGGUGGUUCUCUCUUAAUGCACUCAAGUACAGUGAGAGACCCUUGUGCAAAUGAUCCUGUGGAGCUUACUGAUGGAGACAAGGCUGACAAGGAUAUGAGCAAAAAUUCAAGAAAUAAAGCAAGAAGAAAACGGAAACACAGGAAGAGUCUUCCAUUUAAUGGUAUUUUGAGGCAAUUGGAAGUUUUAGCUGAGGAUUAUGACCAUGGUAGCUCAAUAUCCAGAACCUGUGGUAUGAAAAAUGAGAUUGAUGGUGAAUGCAUAGUUCCAUUUAGGACUGGUUCAGAACUUCAGCUCAAAGCUGAAAAGAGUGAAGGCAUUGACUACUCUGAAACACCACGGACAAGCAUCUCUGAUUUUUAUGGAAGAGACACAUCUGAAACUGCUGCUGCUUCUUUGGUUCCGAUUACCCAUGGGCAGAGUGCUAGUUUCAACGAUGGGGAUGAAUUCAAAGGAGAUUCUCGUGAUCAUUGCAAAGAGACAAGGCAAGAGAAUUUGGAUAGCAGCAUCAUUAUGCCACUGGUUGUGCCUUGCUGUGAUAAUAGGGUGAAUAAAUUAGAAUUUAACAGUCCGAGUGCCAGUAAAAUGGGGAGUGUUGGGAAUUCACAUCAACAAGCUGGAAAAGGUAAUAAUUAUCCUGUUUGGCAGAAGGUACAGCAGAAACAUGACCAUGAGUGUGUCGAUGACACUAAGAAGUCACGCUCUACUGAGUCAAAAAUCGACAUUUCCUGGAGAAAGGCUCCGUCACUUAAACAAAAUGGCAAAGUUGCUGAGGGGAAUAUGGAAUUUAGAAAUGAAAGUAAGCCGCAGUCACAUCCUCAAUUUUUGCGUAAAUCAAAACGAACAGGCUUUUUAGAUUCAAAAAUCGAAUUUGAUGUCCAUUCUAGGAAGGGAUCUUUCACUAACAAGGCCAAGCUUGAAAAAUCAAGUGCUUCGACAAAGAUCCGGCCAUGUGUGAAAAAUACUUCAAUGCCAUCUCAAGUGAAUCAAAAUGAAGGGGAGACUGAAUCGAAAUUUGUCUCUCAGAAACCGCCAAAGACCCUUUACGGUGAUGCUUCUAUUCUGGACAAUGAAGAUGCAAAAGAUGAGGAUAAUUCAUUACCAGUAUAUUGCACUCAGUCUAACCAUGUCAAUCAUUCUGAGCUUCAAUCUUCAGCAUCAGCUCCCCAUCUUUUAGCUGAUGAAAUUUCUCCGCUAGGAAGACAAGUUUCUGUAGCUGACUGUAGUAAGCAGAAGUGUAGCUCUGGAUCUCUUACACAGAAAUGGGUGCCUGUUCGCAUGAAGAAUUCUCUGUCAACAGACCACAUCAGAUUGGACAGUUGUCUGGGACGUUCUUAUGAUGCAACUGUUGAGGACAUGACUUUACUACAUCCCAAAGAUAAAAUAGGCUUAAAUGAUGAAAAUGAUAUUGAAACAGGAGCUAUGUGCAGGUUCAAGGAGUCUAAAAUGGAGAAUUAUCCACCCUGUGAUGAUGAAAGUCAGGUUGAGCCCUUGAGAAAUGAGAAAUCAUGCAUGCUUAAAGAGCAGAACCGCGAGCUUGUGCCUUGUAGCUUCUCAAGGGAUGAAUCAGAAAAUCAGAAAAGCUCUGUGGUUCAAAUUCAUCUAGACAAGUUAAUGAGGGCUAUACAAGAAGCAUAUAGGAUACAGUUGGCCUCAGAAGCUGUUCAUCUUGUAACUGGUGGACCCAUUGCAGAGUUUGAGAGGCUGCUACAUUUUACUUCUCCAGUUCUUUGCCAAUCACAGGGUAUGGUUGGUUGUAAGACUUGCCCAAGAGAAUGGGUUGUUGGCUCAUUACUCUGCCAACAUGAGAGACCCAAUGUAUCUCUGGAAUGCCUGUGGCAGUGGUACAAGAAACAUACCAGUUAUGGGUUGGAAGUUAGGGGUGAAGAUUACAUUAACUCAAAUAGAAUAGGUGUUGAUCGUUUUUCGUUUCGUGCCUACUUUGUUCCUUAUUUGUCAGCUGUCCAGCUGUUCAAGAAAUGCAGCAGCAGAUCAACCUGCAGCAUAGAUGGGGUUCCCGGAUUUGAGUUGGAGGUUAAUGAAAGAUCUGAAAAAUCUGUUCUCAGUGGCCUUCCCACAUUCUCAUUACUAGUACCUCAGGCUCGUAAUGGAGGUGCAGGCAACUUUCUUCAUGCAGAUGACAUGUCUACUUGUCAAUCUUCACCUUCUUCUGGAAAUAACAUGUCCAGUCCUACUGACAAUGAGCAGUUUAAGGAUUUAGAACUGCUUUUUGAGUAUUUUGAGGUGGAGCAACCUCAGCAGAGACAGCCUUUAUAUGACAAGAUCCAAGAGCUUGUUGGCGGUUGUGGGCCAUCUCAUUCCAGAAUUUAUGGAGAUCCUUCAAAAUUAAACUCUGCAAAUCUAUGUGAUUUGGACCCAAGAUCAUGGUACUCAGUCGCGUGGUAUCCCAUCUACAGGAUUCCUGAUGGUAAUUUUCGUGCAGCGUUUCUGACGUACCACUCGCCCGGGAAUUUGGUUCGUAGAGAAGCCACUUUUGAUUCUGUCAAUAUGAACCCUUGUAUAGUAUCUCCCGUAGUGGGUCUGCAGAGUUACAAUUGCCAGAGUGAGUGCUGGUUCCAGUUGAAGCCCUCUGCAGUAAGCCAGAGAAAGGAAGUCUUAAGCUUAGAUCCACCAAAGAUCCUGAAGGAGCGGUUGAGGACGCUCGAGGAGGUAGCUUCACUGAUGGCCACAGGUGCUGUCACUAAAGGAGAUCGUAGCACGGUGAAUCGACAACCUGAUUACGAGUUUUUCGUGUCCAGAAGACGCUAGUGAGCUACCUAGGCGUUGCAGUCUUCUUAGUCAUCGUUGUUAUUUUCUCGCUUUCUUUGAUUGUAUAGGUUUCGCCAUUUCUGUACAUAGCAUCGAUGUACAUUCUUUUCCCCUUGCCGAAAGAAACCCAGAGUCCUUUUUUUUUUUUUUGACUAAUGGAGUGUAAGUGGCACUAUCCUGAAGUCAAAUCAGUUCUUAGACUUUGAUUCAAAUACAUGUCAAGAAUUCGUCACUCU